GUCCUCCUGGACGAGCGGGCUUUCCGGGUGACAAAGGAAACAUGGGGAUUCCUGGGAGAAUGGGCUUAAAAGGACACACAGGGAAAAAGGGAGCACCAGGCGAGCCAGGUCUAUCUAUCAUUGGUCCAAGAGGACCUCCGGGACAACCUGGGACAAGAGGAUUUCCAGGCUUCCCCGGUCCAAUUGGGUUGGAUGGCAAGUCUGGGCACAACGGGCCGAAGGGAGACGUGGGCCAGCGUGGUAUUAAAGGAGUCCUCGGGGAACCUGGACCCAAAGGGGAGAAGGGCGUAGGCGGAGACUACUCACACCGGGGCCUCUUUGUGCAGGACCUGCCUCUGAAAACCCUGGCGGCCUUGCGCUCCAGUCAGGCUCUGAUGUUGAAGGGUGGGCCUGGAGCGCAGGGACCCCCGGGACCUCCAGGACCCCCCGGACUCCCAGGAACCUCAGGUCUGAAUGGAGCCAGUGGCCCAAUGGGUAAGCCCGGUGAACCAGGCAAACCAGGAAAAGACCCGCGGCUUUUACCAGGACUAAAGGGGGAGCCAGGUGUGUCGGGACCAAAGGGGGAUCAAGGGGAUGCUGGACGACUCGGUCCUGAAGGCUUAACGGGAGUUAAGGGAAACCAAGGAAUUAAGGGAGAUGAAGGAAAGAGGGGUUUCCCAGGAAAGAAGGGAGAGAAGGGAGGGUCGGGUUUCCCGGGCGCUUCUGGGUUCAAGGGCCACGCUGGCCUCCCCGGUAUCCCUGGCAUCCCAGGCAAGAGGGGCUACAGGGGGGAGAGAGGAGAACUGAGCAUCGCAGCCCAGAGAAUUAAAGGAGAACCGGGUUCACCAGGAAUGCCGGGCCUGAUGGGAAUCAAGGGUAACACAGGUAGUACGGGAGACAAGGGGGAAGCAGGCCACGAAGGCCCAGCUGGACCAAGAGGUCCUCCAGGCCCAACUGGGGAGCCAGGCAAGGCUGAAAUCCACAACAAUGAAAAUGAUAUUCGCAACAUACCGCUGAUGGGCCCCCCUGGAUUACCUGGAACUUCAGGGACCCCUGGACUCCAUGGUACCAAGGGUGAAGUUGGUCUGCCCGGUGCUCCCGGACUGGACGGGGAUAAGGGGCCCAGGGGAAAGCCCGGAGAGUACGGCCCUGCAGGCCCAAUCGGUCCCGAAGGUCCCAGAGGGGAGAGUGGUGUCAUGGGCUUCUCAGGAACCAAAGGGGACAAGGGUCCGUCUGGAUCACCUGGUUUAGAUGGCCCUACGGGUGAACAUGGGGCUACAGGGGCCUCGGGCCCUAUUGGAUUACCUGGCUCAAUGGGUCCGAAAGGUGAAGCUGGACAAGGAGGAAGGUCAGAAAUGAUUUAUGGACCUCCAGGGCCCCCAGGACCUUCAGGACCAGUUGGCCCAGCAGGAUCGCAAGGAUUUUCAGGGCCUAAGGGAGAACCAGGCAUCGGCAUCAGAGGAGAAAAGGGAGCGUCGGGUCACAAGGGCGACAAGGGCGACAGAGGCCAUCUUGGACUCCCUGGGGCUCAUGGGUUAGACGGCAGACCGGGUCCAGUGGGUCUAAUAGGACCAGCAGGUGUGUUAGGGCCAGCAGGACCAAAGGGGGAGAGAUAUGAAAAGGGAGAUGCAGGAUUGCCAGGACCAAUCGGGCCUCAAGGCAUCCCUGGUUUAUUUGGACCACAAGGACUAAAAGGAAACCGGGGAGAGAGGGGCAAGAAAGGCAACAGGGGGACCAAAGGGGAAAAGGGAGACCAAGGAGCACCUGGAUUAGAUGCACCCUGUCCGUUGGGAGACGAUGGCUUACCUGUUCCAGGCUGUUGGAAUAAAGGUCAACAUCCGUUCCAACUGGCUAAGAAGUAGUGCCGCGAGAGUCUCCAUGACGCCACAGAGAAAAAAAGGAAACUCGAAGACAUUUGAAGAUAUCUUUUGAGUUUUCACCCAAACCUGGAGUUGGCAUUUCAACGUUUUUUACCAGGAGUCUGGACACAGGGCCGGUAUCGGUGAGGGGUGGGUGGGUGGGUGGGGAGGGGGGCAGUGGUGAGCACAUCAACCUCCAUCAGACUGGAGAGCAGAGACGUUCCACCGUCCUUUAGUUAGUUGUUGAAGGCUCUCCGCUCAUCACGGCCACGGAGACGCUGCAGCCACUGAGGUGUUUCUUUGACUGCGUACCCUUUGAUCUGUUUAACUCCGAUACUAGCGCCUGCUCCUCGUAGUGUUUGACGUGACAUAAAAACUGUAACUGUGAUAAAGAAUUCAGAGCAGCUCACAGAGCAGGUAUAGAUUCCACGUGUUUCCGAGAGAAAAAAAUCCAAGGGAAGACCCUCUUGAUGAUUCCUUCUAGAUAUUAUCUGAUUCUUGACUUUUCAAAAAUCCCUUUACAUGCAGCUAUGGCAUUUUGUAUGAAAGAAUGUGCUGUAUAGGAGAUACACAUCAUGCCUGGUCACAUAUAUGGUAUUAUUUGUUUUGGUUUUUAUUGAGGUGUUAAAAGACACCGUGAUGUAAUACAGUAAUUGUAAGUAUUGUACAAUAGAAGACGAAGGAUUGUAUGUAUAAAAGUACUCGGUCUUUGUAAAUAAAUUGCGUUGAUGAAACAUGAUUUCCAGAAUAAGAAAGGGCAGUAAUCAUAUGUGGAUUAUGUACAGAUGACAGAUUGACAGCUGUGGGAAAAAUAUUUUUUUUUUAGCUUUUAUCAGAAUUGCAUGCCCCUCACAUGCAUUACAAUAUAUUGAAUGCAAAUAGUAUUUGAAAGAAUAUUUUACAAAUUACUUUCGUCACUGAUCAUACAUUUAUAUUUAGUAAAACAUGUAAAUACACCACAGUCAGAAUAUUCUAACAGCUGUAACUGUACAUGCAAAUAACCUAAACAGUUCCCUUUGUCAGUGUGUCACACUUAUCUGUUUCAUUGAGAAAAUAUAAUGGACAGAAGCAUUCCUUAUGUCAUAUUGACAGCUGCCUUGUAAACAGACCUGGUUUGGUUGUUGUUGUUGUCUUUCCAGUGUUUGAGUUCAGGAGUUCGAAAUUGAAAGAAAUGUAUUGCAGUUUCAUUGUUUCAAAUACUAUUUAGAGAGAGGGAGAUAUACCUAUUGUUCAUUUUGAAUCUUAUUUAAAGGAAAUAGUCUAAACAAUGCUUUAUUAGUGUAAGUAUUGAAUCAUUUUCACUAUAAAAGGUACAGCGAGCUUACAGCACUGCAACUUCAGAAACUAUGAAAAAAAGGCAAAAUGCAAGCAAAAAAUGAAAUAUAAUAGUUGUGUCCAUUAGCUUGUAUUUCGUUCAUUUCAAUGUGUGCUGGAUGGACUAACUGGUUGCAUUUUGUCGACUCUGUGUAUGUGUUCUGAAGUUGCAACGCCCCGAGCUCGCUCAGCCAACAUACAACGGGAUCUCAACCACAAUUUACAAUCAAUAGCAUCUGAUUUUAUGAAAACAUUGGAGUCGUUAUUGUGUCGUUAUCACUAAGUUAUCAUUUCAAUAGUAACUUUCCUGUCAGGCAAUGUAGCAUUCACCAAAUAAUUUAUUUCUAAAGAAAUACACCCUGUUUUUUCCCAGAAUGCAACAUCCCUCUCAUUCCCAUAUUCUUCAUCUUUAAACACCAUGGAAGGGAAAAUCUGGGUUGUUUUUGGGAACUGUAACACAAUUCGGGAGUGUAUCUUUAACAUGUUAUGCCUGAGUGUUUCUUUCUGUGUAGUCUCUGUUUUAAAAUUUCUAUAUUGCACAAACAUGGAACUAACACAGUUUUCUUUGUAUAAAGAAAGCAAGUUGUUUGUUUGCUUUAUUUACUUGGUGUUCUAUGUGAUAUAGCCUAUAUAAUUGUAACAGUGUGCUCCUUAUGUAAUACACUGCAAACAAAGCUUUUGUGCAUGAAUUUGGCUUUAGGAAUACAAUUUUUAUGUAAGUUUGUAAUAUUGUGCAUUUUAAUUAACCAUUCGCAAAAUGCAACGCUGAAUCACUACAAAGGCAUUUGACUCAUUUGGAACACCAAUACUUCUGGGACGUGUAUCCAACCUCUGCUACAUUUAGUUGGUGGAACAGAGAUGUUAAUGUCUGUAUGAAUUAUUUUUUGAGUUCUUCAGGUAUGCCAUAAUGCACUCAGAUAUAUGUCAGACAUAGGCCAUUAGUCUUGAUGAUCAGACUGCUUUAUGUUCCAAUUUAUUGUUUCAGUCUAAUAUCAGGCUCGUGUUCACUGUAGUUCAAGUAACUGAAAGGAACUUUAAUUCUCUGUGUAGGUGGCCAUUAUUUUUCAUAUUCACCUCAGAGUGCAUUAUUGUACUUACCAUGACUUCAUGUAUUUACAGCACCAAUGUCUCUGUAUUUUAUUUAGGUCACAUGGUGUGUAUUUAAAUUUGGAACGUAAAGUAGAAUUUAGUAAAAAUAAGUUUUCCUGCUUUAUUUCAUUUUUUUAGUAUCAAUCUUGAUGUAUAAUUUGUAUCAGUUUGAAAUUCUGUACUUGUCAGAUUCGAAAAAAAUCUCAGAUUUGGUGAGAGGGCAUUAUGUAAAAUGUGCAUGCUAUAUUGUUUUUUCAUCUCAUUUCCUAUGUGAGUAAUGUGACAUUAGAUGUACUGUGCAUUUGAUGUUUUCAUUCAGAAGAAAUCUGCCAACAUUGAAUUGAGAUAUAUAAGUUUGUUUUCCAAGAUUCAAUGUGACUUCCAACCACAGUUGAGGUAUUCACUUCAAUCCACACAUGCUGAGAUGCUGUUUCAUGUCAAAACUAAAUGUUUAUACGGUAAUGAUAUUGUUUUCAUUUUCCAAAAAGAAUUUAUUUGUACUUUUUAUUAUUUUUAUCCAAACAAUGGCAGCUAUCGUCACUGAUUGCCAAAUAGAUUCACUGUUCAGUACAAGUCAACUUUUUAAGCAAUUUGUCACUGACUCAGAAUAAAGAACCCUAUUUUCAA